AUGACUACAGAAAAAGGUAACGAAACUUAUAAGGUGCCAUCAUGGGCAGGGAAACCGCCGCAAGGGUCUCAUCUGGACGUGCAAAAGGACGAACGUGUUAUCCAGGUAGUUUGAAGUAGAUUUAAAAUGGUUUUAGAAAUUGUUGAUUGACGAAAAAGGAAGCUACUAUUUUGGAAGGAAUCCUAACCAAUGCGACUUUACAAUUGAACAUGCAUCCGCUUCACGUGUUCACGCUGUUUUAUUAUAUCACAAGGUCCUCUCCAAAUUUUCUAUCGUGGAUCUCGAAAGCAGUAAGUAGCAUAAUUAUGUUUGGGACGUGUUUAGGUCAUGGAACGUUUGUUCGAAAUGUGAAGAUCAGCCCUUUGCAUCCAGUGUUCUUAGACUAUAAUGACUCUUUUCGUUUUGGAGCUUCUAGUAGAAGUUAUAUUAUCAGAGAAAAGGUACUCCCUUAUACCGAAGAACAAGAUGCUCCUCUUCCAGAAAGCGAGAUUGAGGUGGAUGUGAGGAUUUUUUUUCUUUUUUCAUUUCGGUUUAGAAUUUGACGAGCUACAAUACGAUGCAAAACAAACGACUUCCGGCUAUUCCAUGCACUGUGGAGGAAUGCCGGAAGAAAAAGAGACCCAGAAAUAAGGUGGUAUUCUUGGCCGAAGAGGAUGUGAUUAAUCCAGAGGAUGUGGAUCCAACUGUCGGCCGGUUUAGGAAUUUAAUUCAGACGGCUGUAAUUAGUAACAAAAGACCGAUGAAGGACCAGACAAGUUUAGCGCCCACCAAGAAGAGGAUCGUGCAGCCAGCUAGGGAUUCUGCAGAUUUGAAUCUAUCAAGCUCUGUUUUGGGUGACUUAUCGAUUAGUUCAGCUCCGAGCUUAGAUGCAUAUUCCAUGAAGCCAUCUUCAAUAACAUCAAAUGUUUCGUCUAGUUCAUAUAAAAAGAAGUAUGCAAAAGAGGCUUGGCCUGGACGCAAACCGGCAUGA